AUGUGUAAAUGUUCUUCGGAAGCCAUUAUCUACUGUGGCAGAGCUGGACUCAGAAGCCUCCCAAGAGACAUCGUAGCUUCGACCGUCUCACUGAACCUGUCCAAUAAUUUUUUGCGUAUCUUAGCUGCCGAUGCCUUUGGCAACCUCACUUUUCUAAGUAGCCUCUGGCUGGAUCACAACAAUCUAACUUUCUUGUACCCAGGUGCAUUUAAGUCCCUCUACAACCUGAGGGUGCUGUAUCUCAGCAGGAAUUCUAGGCUGACCUACCUUCAUGCCAACACCUUCCAAGGUUUAGACAACCUCAUCAGCUUGGACUUAUCCCGCUGCAAUCUCUUUGAGAUCCACCCGUUCAUGUUCUCCCACUUGCCUUCUCUGGAAGUGCUCGACCUGACCGCCAACAACAUGCGUUAUGUCCCGCAAGCUUUCCGAAGCUUGACCAGUCUCACGAGACUGUCUCUGGAGAGGAAUCACAUCGAAGCCAUCGGCAGAGACUCGCUGAAGGCCAUGAAAGCUCUGAAGGACUUGAACCUCCGCAAGAAUCGAAUCUGGACCAUCCACCAUGAUGCCUUUCUCCAACUAGACAGGCUCUGCGUGUUAAAUUUAGGGCACAACCAUCUCUCUGAUUUGCCUAACCAGCUUUUCAGUGGAUUAGCCCAGCUCAAGAUCAUACGCCUCGAGGCAAACAGGCUCACCAGGAUCAACUGUGACUUUUACGGCCUGCGCAGCCUGAGGAAGCUGUAUCUAAACAACAAUCGCAUCGUGUUCAUUGCCGCCGCCGCCUUCUCACCUCUGAAGGAACUGAGCUUUCUUCACUUAAACAGGAAUAACCUGAGCCAUCUCUCCAGCCGCCUAUUUAUGGAGCUACCCAAGCUGAGGUACGUCUUCUUGUCCCAUAACCCCUGGGAGUGUGAUUGUGGAAUGUUGUGGUUUUCCACCUGGAUACUGACCUACCAAGGGGUGAUCGAAGGCCUGCACUGCACCAUCCCUGUGGUUCAGAACACGUCAUUGCUCGGCCUCCUUACCCAAGAUGCCUUAGCCAGCUGCUCACCUCCGUCGGGGCUAAUGGAGGAGGAUGCCUGCGACGGGCCCCACACAAACGGAGCUUUCCCUCCAUCUGCUGCUCCUGAGACGCUGCUUUGCUUCCUGCUCACUUUGCAGCUUUGGCUCUCGGCCGCUCGGUCCUUAUGUGGACAACCAGAUGCAGCCACAAGUUAA